AUGAAUGAGCUCUACACGGGGGUGUCGAGAAAACUGUUUUGGAACUCUGACAAAUUAUUUUAUGAUAACAUACGGAACCUAGAUGAGAGACUAAACGUGAAUGACAAUUUUAACGAAAACAAAUAUGAGCAGCUGUAUCGUGAAAAGUACGCAAGGAAUAACAGAAGGUUUAAGACCGAACCACCUAAAAAUAUCUGUGAGAAAGGAAGUUCCCAAUUUUACUCUUCUUUUUUUAACAGCAUAUUUAAAAGUUUUUCGAAGAAUGUGAUUUACAGUGAGGAGGAUAAACAGAAGGAGGAAGACGCUAAGGAGGAAGUCGCGAAGGAGGAAGGCGCGAAGGAGGAAGGCGCGAAGGAAAAAAAGAAAACUUCUUCGCGACAUUCAAAUCACUCGAAGAGUGUUACACUAGCCCAUUUGGCUAAAAGGGACAGUCGAUGUGUUAGUGGACGGAGUAGAAACAACCCCGCGUAUCGAAAGAGCGAUUUGGAGGAAAGUCUUUUGGUUCAGGAUACUGACGGGGGUAAAUCGGGGGAGUCUGCUGGAGGGGGGCGCAGAAGGCACACAUAUGGGAGCAAGAGAGGAGCAGCUAGCUCGGAGGAGGAGUCGCAAACGGAAGGAGAAUCAGGAGAUGUGAGGAGCGCCGAAGAGAGCAGUGGUGAGUAUCGAAGUGGUGAAUGUCGAAGUGGUGAGUGUCGAAGUGGUGAGUGUCGAAGUGGUGAAUGUCGAAGUGGUGAGUGUCGAAGUGGUGAGUGUCGAAGUGGUGAAUGUCGAAGUGGUGAAUGUCGAAGUGGUGAAUGUCGAAGUGGUGAAUAUCGAAGAGGCGAAUGUCGAAGCGGUGAAUAUCGAAGCGGUGAAUAUCGAAGUGGGGGCACGCCCAGGGACAGUGCCAAGUGCAUGAAACAGAAACGAACCGCGCAGAAAACCGCCAACAGCGCGAGACUUGUAAACAGCGACGUCAUUUCGGACGUCUUCCUGAAGAAGAACGUGAAGAGUCUAGUGGUUCAUGACACGGGAGGAAUAGACAUUGAAAUUAUUGAGAAUGAAAAUCCAGAGUUCCUGUACCAUACCUACACGGGGAACAGAAUAUCAAACAUGUAUUAUGCAUAUGAUGAUUCUAUAAAGAGCAAAGAAUAUUGUGAUGAUAAAAAGAUUAAUAGGUUUAAUUCAUCCUUUUCUCGAAGGGAAAACGGAACUGUGAGGGAGUCAACAUCGAGAGAUGGUUAUCUCGUGGGGGAAUUCACCACAGGUGAAGUUAGCCCAAGGGGAUCAUCAGUAAAGGGAUCUUCUGCGUACAGUGGAAGGAGAGAAAACAAACAAAACACAUCACAUUAUAAAUCAGAAUUCUCCACUGAUAGUAACAACAGUAAGCGCUGUGAUGAGCAGAGUUAUACUAAGAAAAGCGAAAUGGAAGAAAAGGUUUCCAAUUGGUCCAACGAGGUAUAUUAUUAUGAUAGUUGCAACACACAUGAAGGAAAUAGAAACAAGGGAAUUUCGAAUUGGUCAGGGGAACGAAAUAAAGUAUUCGAUUCCUACUCUUCUGUGUCUAGUAUAUCUGUAAACACAUCAGAGAAGGAAAAGGGAAGGAAGUAUCACUACAUUGGGGAAACCAUAAAUAACGUUCGAAAUGGAUGGGGUAUGUUAAUUUAUAAUGACCGAGUCAUAUUUGAAGGGGAAUAUAAAAUGAACAAUGCCAUAGGAUAUUUUAUUAAGUACAAUGAAUACUCUACAGAGAUUGGAUUCAGGAGUCCCUUGAGCAUCAAGUCAGUUGUCAUCAUGAGCGAUAGCGAUAAUUUCAUUAUACAAAACAGAUGUGAGAAUCUAGAAUCUGUGAAGAGUGAAGAAAUGGGAGCUAGCCAAUAUGGUGGUCCGAAAUUGGAAGAUAACGACAGUGUGGAGGUAGAAAUUAAGGGAAAGGAUGGAGGAUUAAAUUGUGAGGGAAAUGUAGAAAGAACACUCUGUGAAAAUAAAGGCUAUAUGGAGAAGGCAGAAAUGAAUCUGUUUUGUACGCAGAAAUUUCCAACGAUAAGUAACUACACGCCCUUCUCCGAUUUUAGGAGGACCCCCGGUGUUUUUACCACUCCAAACAGCAAUAAAUUGUACAAAGAGAAUGUACUUAUGAAUAACCUACUGAACAGUAUAAAGAACAGUGAGUGCUCUCCCAAAAAAAGGGAACAAGUAGGGAAGGCCAAAAAUCUAACUGUCAUGUCUAGCUAUAUUAGAAGAAACAGUAAACAUAAGACAACCCCUGCACGGUCGAUCAAUUAUUUGAAGCCACCCAUGAUGCACUUGAUAAAAAAUAAUAUUAUUCUAAAUAGGAACUCGUUUUUGAAGAAUGAUAAAUCGGCAUCCUCCAGGAAGAGGAGGGAACAAAAAACCACCACGCAUUGCUCCAGCCCAAUGAGCAUCAUCGUGACGUCCUUCGACACGGACGAUGAGUCGUGCUCGUCCGGAAAUGACCCACAUGAGGAGAGUAACCAAAAUGGGGAGACUAACCCAAAUGGGGGGAGUAACCCAAAUGGGGAGGGUAACCCAAAUGGAGAGAGUAACCAAAAUGAAGAGGAGGGAACCGCUUCAGUGGAAAGCGCGACCACUCGGAGCUGCGCUCAACCAGUCACUGUGUUCUCGGAGCGCGUUGCGGAACUGGAGCAGCGGAAGCAGUUUGGCAAAGGUGACCUGAAAGGCAAUGGACUCACAAUUUUGCACCUAGAGAAUAACAAUCAUGUUAAGGGAAUCCACUGGCGCAAAGAAGAUGAUGAGGCGACUCAUUUCGCGAACGAUGAUGAGAAGGGGGAGGGGGGAUAUGCUGUAGAUUCGGGAGUGGCCAGUGUGGGUUAUCAGGAGGAGUACGUGGGGGGAUUCUUCAAGGGAAAGAAGAAGCGUACGAAGAAUCGAGACGCUUUUACGAACGCAGUGGGGGGGAGGGCGCUUUCCCGAGAGGGGGGUACUGCGAUUGAAGGAAGCGUGGGCGUUUACAGGGAGGAUACAAAUGAGGACACAAAUGAGGACACGAAUAAGGACCCAAAUGAGGACAUGAAUAAGGACACGGACGGGGAGGCAUACAAGGAUGUGGACCGAGCUGACGUGACUAUGAGGGGGGAGGAGGUCGAGCGGCGCACGCACUUCAGGAUGGAAUCGUCAGACGAGGGGGAGGCGGAGGUGGAAGUAGAGGGGAACGGCCAGAACAAGCUGAAUAUUAUUAUCACCGAGGAGUACAGAAACUUAUUGUGUGAUAAUAUCAACAACGACAAUUUUGUGAUAAAGAACAACGAAAUUAGGACCUUUGAGGAGUUCAUGCAGAGCCAGGAGGAGUACGAAGGGGGGAGGAUCGAUCAGUGGCGAGAGACCAUGCGGGAUUCCAGCGGAGGGGUAGACGACUCAGUUGGGGGGGUAGACGGCUCAGCUGUGAGGGGAGACUACUCAAUUGUGGGGGGAGACUACCCAUCCGGGGGGGAUGUGCCAAGUCUGAGAACGACCAUUGAGGGAGGAGACCCCCCCCAAUGUAACACAGAGAAAAAGGAAGUGGACCAAAACGAAGUGGACCAAAACGAAGGGGGGCAAAACGAAGGGGGGCAAAACGAAGGGGGGCAAAACGAAGGGGGGCAAAACGAAGGGGACGAAAAAAAGGAAGAGCUACAUUUUGGCCACCCCGAUAAAGCGUACAUAAGAAGGCGCCUGCGAGGAGCGACCUUCCCAGAAACGCAUGACGAUAGGCAGAAGAACUGCUUCCUCUUCAUAGACGAUUAUUUAACUUCAAACGAUGGCAAAUUCGAUUUAAUUAACGAGGACGUAAAGUUGAGAGCAUCAGAUUAUAACAAAUGGUCCGUAAAUAUGCUAUACAAUUUUCUAAAAAUGAUCGGAUUAAAAAAAGAAGCGUAUCUUUUUAAGAUACACAAAAUAAGGGGAUACCACAUUCUCAAAUUAACAGACAAAGAAUUAAAAAGACUGAACAUAAAUAAUUCCUAUGUUCGAAAAUUUGUUUUGUCUGUUUUUCGAUUUUUAGUAAAUUCUAUGGAUAGUGCAGAUCCUUUGUCUUUAAAUUUUAACACCAACAGAAAAUUUUCAUUUAAUGAAAUACAAACCAUUUGCAAUAGUGAUAUUAUUAUACUUAACAAGGUUGGAGGUGGGAGCUAUGCACAGGUGUUUAGGGCAAAAUAUAGGGGAAAGUACGUGGCGUGUAAAUUGUUUCUGUACAAUCCGAAGGACAUGAGUGAAGAGAGUUACUGCGAGAGUUAUAUAUCAACUCCUAGAUCGAGUCAUAAAUAUAUUUUCCCGAAAAUAACCCCCAGUUUAAGCAUGUUCGGUGAGCAACACUUUGGCGAGAGGGCACUAUUACCUUUAACAGCGGGGGAAAUGGACUCGGGAGAGGCAGCAAAUCAUUGUGGUGGUAUCCACCUGGGGGAUGUGCAGUCUGCGCAGCGGGAGCGGCGUGACAGUGGAGGAGGGGGAUCAACAGAAGGGGAAGGAUUGCACAGGGAAGACCCCCCAAUGGAGCAUUCCCCAAAGGGGUAUUCCCCAAAGGAUCAUUCCCCAAUGGAGCAAUCCCCAACGGAGCAUUCCCCGUAUGCCCUCGCCGCGAAGAAAAAAGACAACGGGGGAGAAGCCCCAAAUGUUAAUAGCACCUCCUACACACUACAGAGAAAUAAGAAAAUAAAAAAAAUGGCCAACUUGGAAAUUUUCAGAUAUUUUCCCACCCCAGUAAAGUACCGGAAUUACGAAGCGAAGAUUUUGUACUCUCUACAGGGAUGCAGUCAUGUGAUAAAGUUGCUUGGAGUGUGUAGUCUAAGAGAGGGAGAAGAGUCGCUCAUCUUACAAUACUGUGCAGGGGGAAGCCUGGAGAAGUAUAUUUAUAUGGACGAGAAGAAGAAGAACUGCGCAUAUAUGCGUUAUCUGUCGAGACCCCAAAUUGUAAAAAUAUUUCAGCAAGUAGCAGAAGGAAUGCACAACGUACACUCAAAUCAUUUUUUCCACAGGGACUUAAAACUCUCCAAUAUUUUACUCGAUGCUAACCAGGAUGCCGUCAUUUCCGAUUUUGGAUUGUCGACUCAUUUUUCUUCAAAUGAUAGUCCCACUGCGUAUGCCAUGUAUGGGAACAUAUUUUAUGCGGCCCCGGAGGUUCUAAAAGGGGAGGGUUUUUUUAAAGAAUCCGAUGUGUGGUCAUUUGGAGUUAGUUUAUGGGAGGCCUUGACAAGAAAAAUUGCAUACGAUGGGAUGUCUGCUUCUGAAAGUUUCUGCAAGAUUUCUUCUGGGGAGUUGGUCCUUCCCAUUCCAAGGGACCUUCCCUUGGAGCUGUCCGAGUUGCUGAGGAGCAUGCUGGAGUACGACUUCACCAAGCGGCCCCUCUUCGACGUCAUAGCGAGGCGGCUGGAGCGCAUUCGGCUGGAGGCCGACAAGAAGCUGCACGUGGACAUGCUCUCCUUCUUCGACGGGUAG